CGCUUUAAUAGAGUAGUUGGUCAGAAACAGUCUGGUGUUUUUGCUCUCCACCCCUCGUCUGAAAUGCAACGCCUGUUGCUUUACUGCUUGCUGGCCGCCACUCUGACCAGCGCAGAAGUCCUUGCCCAGGACCUCAACGAGACCAUCGAUGUGAAAAAGUUGGCAGAGGUAGUGCAAUCUCCUGCUUUCCAGACCCGUGUCGUCGGUGGUGAGGUCACUACGAAUGGAAAGCUGGGUGGCUAUCUAAUCGCACUGCGCUACGAAAUGAACUUCAUUUGCGGAGGCAGCCUGCUCCAUGACCUUAUCGUCCUGACAGCGGCGCAUUGCUUUCUGGGCCGGGUGAAGAUCAGAGAUUGGUUGGCCGUCGGCGGCGCCUCCAAACUCAAUGAUGGAGGUAUCCAGCGUGAAGUUAAGGAAGUCAUCAAGUCGGCCCAGUUCCGGGAGGAUGACAUGAACAUGGAUGUGGCCAUAUUGCGGCUGAAGAGACCCAUGAGGGGCAAAACUCUCGGAAAGCUAGUACUGUGCAAAAAACACCUAAUGCCAGGCACAGAACUCCGGGUUUCCGGUUGGGGUCUAACCGAUAUCAGUGAGUUUGGCCCACAGAAACUAUUGCGUACGGUGACAGUGCCAAUCGUGGAUAAAGGAAAGUGUCGUGCUUCCUAUCUGCCGAAGGAUUGGGAAAGUUACAAGCAUUUUGAUAUACUUUUAAAAGUUAAUUUGACAGACAGCAUGUUUUGCGCCGGAGUGCUGGGAAAAAAAGACGCAUGCACCUUUGACUCCGGCGGUCCGUUGGUGUACAAUAAUCAAGUGUGUGGCAUCGUGUCCUUUGGAAUAGGAUGUGCCAGUAGAAGAUACUACGGUGUCUACACGGAUAUUAUGUAUGUGAAGCCCUUUAUCGAGCAGAGCAUUAAGUUAUUGCUGGCCAAUCGGUGAUUAAAUUUUAAAAAUUA